UCAAUAUUUCUGGAAGAGAGUUUGGCCACACUUACUGAAAUUUAAAAUAUACAUAUCCUUUAGUACAGUAUUUCUAGGAAUAAUAGUUACGGAAAUAUUCCCAUAGGUGUGAAAAAAUCUUAUAAGGACGUUCUUUCUACCAUUUUUAUAAUUACAAAAUAAAAUGGAAAUGGAUUAAUGUCCAUCAAAAGAAAAUGUAAUAUAAUGUAGCCAUUAAAUAAAUGAAAUAAAUUUAUAUAUACUGACAUAUAAGUCUGCCCAUUAUUUGUUAGAUAAACAAAGUAAAUUUCAGAGCAAUAUACAGAGGCCUCAUUUUUUUAACAUAAACUGUUAUAUUUUGAUAUUCAGUUUAUAUGUUCAUGUAUACAUGAUAAAAACAGGUACAUAGAUGGAGGUGAAAAAGAAUCAUAAUUUUUCCAUUGUCUUCACUUUUUAAUUAGUCAUGCCCUCCUGAAAUACCCUCUAUUCAAAUGGCAGACAUUGGGUAAUAUGAUGUCUGCAGCUAAUAACUCACCUAAUGAAAUGUUGGGAAAUGAAAAAAACCAAAUGAUUUCAUAGACAGCUAAGUUCUGAUUGGUCUUUCAGUUGCCAGCCUUCUGAAGUUGAGUUUAAAUUCCUCCUACAAACUCAUAGCUCAUCAAAGGGUAAAAGUUUUCACCAUAGAAACUAGAAAAAUCAACUGGACUUUGACUAUUGUUUCAUCUGCACAUUUUGCCUAGUGGAUAGAAAGGUGAUAUUAUUUGACCACAUUUCAAAUAAACAUUCUUUUUUUUUUUUUUUUUAAGUAUUGCCUUGUCUCAAAAAGAAAAAAAAAUAGAGUGAAAGAAUAAUACUAUUUUUUUUGUUUUAGGUAGCAAUUUGAACAUGAAGACUACAAUUCUACUGUUUUGUCUCCUAGGAUCAACUCUGUCAUUACCAAUGCAGUUCAAUCCUGUUUUGGGACUUCCUCCAACAAAGCUGGUUCCAGAUCAGGCAACCCUACGAAACCAACAGCAGCCAAAUCAGGUCUUCCCUUCCUUAAGUCUAAUACCGUUGACACAAAUGCUCACACUGGGGUCAGAUCUGCAACUGCUAAAUCCUGCUAUAGGGAUGGUACCUAGUUCCCAGACCCUCCCUCUGACCCUAGGGGCACUGAACGUACAACAGCAGCUACAACCACAAGUAAGUUCAAGAACCUACUCAAUGAUACCAGUUAUUGUAGCACACCUUGGAGCCCAGGGUGCUAUCCUAAGCUCAGAGGAAUUGUUUCUGUCCUUUAUUCCAUUCCAGCCAGCCACCCGGCAAAUCUUAACAGGCCUUAUCUUCCAUACCUUAUUCCCCGGAGCCAUCCUGCCCCCCAGUCCAGCUAAACCAGAUGCCCAAAAUGGAAUCCAUCCUGCAGGACAAGCAGGAGCCAAUCCUGCCGUCCAGGGAACCCCACGGGGCCCCUUCCCAACUUCCAGUGGCACAGAUGAUGAUUUUGACGUGACCACCCCUGCUGGACUCCAAAGGGGCACACACGCUACAGAGGAAACCACCACAGGGUCACCAAAUGGUAAGUUCUCCAAGCCAGGAAAGUGCCCUUGAGCCAUGAAAGUCAAAUGCAAAGUGGGAAAGAAGAGUCCUUGUCUUCACAAAUGCAGACCCCAAUGAUGUCAAGAGCCCCUUUACUCACUCACAUUUAAUUCCAGCAAUGUGAGGGAAUAUUUUUACUGCUACCAACCCCACUGUAUCUACCCAGAGAUGACACAACAUAUUUUCCAUGUUAGAGCUGGAAAUAUUUGGAAGAGGACGCUACUCUCCUUUCCCAUCCUCCUGCACCUCUCAAACACACACAAGAUGAAGUUAAUCAAUCAGGAUACUCUCUUCCACUCACUGAUCACAGAGGAGCCUCAGAUCCUUCCUAACACAGUUGAACCCACGUGCAAUUCCCCUCAGAUGGGACCUAAGAAAUAUUGCAGAAAUAAGCUCUUUUAUUACCAAGAAACAGAUAAUCAUUCAACCUGUGCAGAUGUCCAAUGUCAAUGUUCCAAAUGUCCAAACGGACACCGUAAUGAUUUGCUUUAUAUUUUUGCCUCUCAGAAAGAACUUUUGGAAAAAAAAAAAAAGAAAGAACUUUUGAUCUCAAGUAAAAAUGUUUAAAUUCAACAUGCUUUUACCUGCAUUUUAAAAGUGUUUUAUUUUCUUCCAGGAAUGCAGUAAGCUGUCUCAAGGUUUUUCAACUAAGCCACCCCAAAUGUGGUGAUACAUGAGAAUCUUUUCCAUGGAUCGUAUUAUGAAAUAGAUUUAGACACACUGGAGAGUAUCAGGUGAAAUUAGUUCUUAGUUUAUAUAAAACAUUUUCUUAAAAUUUCAGAAAAUACAUACUUCGUGAAGAAUACUGACUUCUGAGAAAGAAUACUGAUUAAAUGGAUAAAUUUGUCUUUGAAAUAUACAUUAUGUCACCUUGGAUAUAUAUAUAUAUUAAAGAUACGUAUAUUAAAAAGUAUUUUAAAAGUGACUCUUUUUUCUUCUUUGAGGGUGAAAGAAAGUGGGACCAUUUCAGAAACUCCAUUACCUCAGGACAGUUAGGUGAUAUUCUUGUUCUAGACUCUCCGGAGGCAGGUGGUGCUGCAGUCAUGAGAGUGGACAUGCAGCUUUGUAAGGACAAGCUCUGAUUUCCUCACAACCACUUUAUGACCACUCUCUUCCAUAACAGCUACAAAUUUAACUUUCAAUAAGAAAAUUAUUUGAAAAUUAAAAGUAAAUAACAUGUGCAUCAAAAAUAUUAUGCAUCAGAAGCCAAGAAUUAUAAAUCCUGUUGCCUGUCCUCAAGCUGCUUCUAUACUAGUGAUUAUGGCAUUUAGUUUAAUUUGGUAUGUCUGAGAGUGAGGAAUGACAUUGAUAAAAGGACUCACUAAAGGAGAGACGCUUGCUGUGUACACAUAAAAAGUAGAAUUUAAUCUGAUUUAAAUUUAAAACCCAGAUCACUGCAGUUCAUUCAGGGUGGGAGAGAGAGGGAGAGGUUAAUACAAACUAUAAUAGAGCUCCCACGUAGGAAAGACAUGGGUAUAUUUAAUAAUAUUUUCGCUAUAUUGGGAUCAAGCCCAUCAGUAUGAACAAACCUAAAUACAUCCACAAAAUGUAUUCCGCGUUAAGUUUCUCCGAAGGUUAACAAUUCACUAGUGGGUCAAGAUUUAUUAGCCACAAUGUUUCAGACUUGCAGAUCUGAAUAACGUAUUAUGAAUCAUCAAGAUUUUCAUAGCUGAGGGAGAGGACAAGAUGGCGGAGGAGUAGG